AGCUGAGUGCCCUCAUUGCAAGAUGUGAUGACUGUGGCCUUUGAGGAGGACUCCGAUGACCAAGCAUCUCCAUUGUGUCCUCCUGGGCUUUGCCCUGGCUAGGGCAUAAAACGAGAGUGUAUAAAAUGCAGGGGAGUCACGACACCAGCCCAAUCACUCCACCACGAAGCACCAGCAACCCAGGUCUUACCCAGACACGGCCAUGUCCGAAAGCACAAGAACCACCCCUCCCAGCCAUGACAUGGACAGGAAGGAAAAAGACAGUCCCACCCCAUCCACCAACUCAUCCCCCGAUUCCAGCAGUCAGGGUGAAGAGUCCUCUGCAGAACCUUUCCGGAUCAUUGUGUUUGACCAGGAGAACUUCCAGGGCAAGCAGAUGGAGUUCACCAGUGCAUGCCUGAACCUGGGGGACCAUGGAUUUGACCGGGUGCGCAGUGUCCUGGCAACCUCUGGACCCUGGGUGGCCUUUGAGCAGUGCAACCUGCGUGGCGAAAUGUUCAUCCUGGAGAAGGGCGAGUACCCACGAUGGGACACCUGGUCCAGCAGCUGCCGCAGCGACUGCUUCCGCUCCCUGCGCCCCGUGAGAAUGCAGGAGGCCCAAGAGCAGAAGAUCCUCCUCUUUGAAAGUGCCAACUUCAGGGGAAACAAGAUGGAGAUCCAGGAAGACGACGUGCCAACCCUCUGGGCCCACGGUUUCUGUGGGCGUCUGGGCAGCGUGAAGGUGCCCAGUGGAAUCUGGGUGGGCUACCAGUACCCUGGCUAUCGGGGUUACCAGUAUCUCUUUGAGAGAGGAGACUUUGCACACUGGAAUGAGUGGGCCGCCUCCCAGCCGCAGAUCCAGUCCAUCCGGCGCAUCCGUGACAUGCUGUGGGCCCCCCAAGGCUGCUUCCUUCCAGCCAGGAGCCCCUCAAACUGAGUGAGCCCCUCGGGCAGCCGGCAGAGAACCUGAGAAGUUUGGUGGAGCAGGUGGAGGAGAAGCCGCUGCCUCCCCCCGAGGGACCUGCUACAAGCAAGAGCAGCGCUCCCCUUUUGUGUUCACCGAACCUUCCCCUUGUACAUUGCACUUUGGUGGACAAAAUUUGUGUAGUUAUCCAAACUAAAA